AUGAGCUACUACAGCGGCAACUACAGUGGCCUGGGCUACGGCUAUAGCGGCUUUGGAGGCCUGGGCUGUGGAUGUAACAGAGUCCACAGACUGGGAUAUGGCUCUGGCUUCGGAGGCUAUGGCCAUGGCUCUGGCUUCGGAGGCUAUGGCCAUGGCUCUGGCUUCGGAGGCUAUGGCCAUGGCUCUGGCUUCGGAGGCUAUGGCCAUGGCUCUGGCUUCGGAGGCUAUGGCUAUAGCUACCGCCGCCCUUCAUGCUGUGGAGGAUAUAGGUUCUCCAGCUUCUACUGA